GGUUAAAAUUAUAGUAUAGCAAGAGUUUGACAGGCUUUAAGCAAAAAUGCAUAAAAAAUUAAAGAAGCAGCCAUGGCUAGGCAACUCCGUGUUCUUCCCAGGUUGCCUCUCACUCCUCCACUCAACCACUUGACACUGUCUAUCUCCCUCUGUACGGACUCGUCAAACACCAACUACCAUUUUCAAGAACAACAGCGCAAUGAACAAGUUCGCAAACUCCGAAUCCUCCUACAACAAAACCGCACUGAAACCGCCCAAAAUCUUCUCAAAACCCUCCUCCUCUCUAAAGAUUCCCCUUUCUCUUCUCCCCAUGAACUCUUCUCGCUUUUCUCCAUUUCUUCACCCUCCUUAAAACCCAUUUUCUCCGAUAUGUUGUUGUCAUUUUUAUCCACCGCUAAAAUGCCCGUUGAAGCUACAGAGCACUACUAUUCUGUUCGAAAAGAGGGUACUUUUCCUUCUUUGGCUGCUCUCAGUGUUUUUCUUGAGUGUUUGGUGAAUUGUAAUCAAUUUGAUGAGACUCUUGAGCUGUUUGAAGAGAUUGUAGCGUCGGGUUUUCGACCAGAUAGGCUUAUGUAUAGUAAAGCGGUUCAAGCCGCGGUGAAAUUGGGUGAUUUGGAGAGGGGUUUUAAGUUUUUUAAGUCUAUGAAGAAGAGAGGAGUGAGUCCUAAUGUGUUUGUUUAUAAUAUUUUGAUGAGUGGGUUGUGCAAAGAGAAGAGAAUGCGGGAUGCGGAGAACAUGUUUGAUGAAAUGUGUAGGAGAAAAUUGGCGGCGACGAUGGUUACAUAUAAUACGUUGAUUGAUGGGUAUUGUAAAGUUGGGGAGGUGGAGAAGGCUUUUGAGUUGAGAGGAAAGAUGGAGAUUGAGAACGUCAAGGCCAAUAUAGUAACUUACAAUUCUUUGCUUAGUGGCCUUUGUAGGGCAAAGAAGAUGGAAGAGGCAAAAAGUUUUUUCAAGGAGAUGAAAAAUAAUGGCUUUGUGCCUGAUGGGUAUAGUUAUAGUAUCCUUUUUGAUGGGUUGUCAAGGUGUGGUGAUGUGAAGGGUGUGAUGGCUUUGUAUCAAGCAGCUAGUGAGAAAGGUGUUAGGAUUAAUAAUUAUACUUGCAGCAUUUUAUUGAAUGCAUUGUGUAUAGAAGGGAAGGUUGAAAAGGCCGUGGAACUUUUGGAGAAGGAAAAGGAAAAUGGACUUGUUCCAGAUGAGGUUAUGUUUAACUCAAUUGUGAAUGGGUAUUGUCGAAGGGGUGACAUUAAUCAAGCUAUUUUGACUAUUGAACAAAUGGAAAAUUAUGGGUUGAGACCGGAUUGCAUUACUUUCAAUUCUUUGAUUGACAAGUUUUGUGAAAUGAGAGAGAUGGAUAAGGCGGAGAGAUGGUUGAAGAAAAUGGAGGAUAAGGGUGUUUCUCCAAAUUUAGAGACACAUAACACCCUAAUUGAUGGCUAUGGACAGAUGGGCCUCUUUGAUAGGUGCUUCCAGAUUCUUGAAGGAAUGGAAAAUCAUGGGAUAAAGCCAAAUGUUGUAAGCUAUGGCUCUCUCAUAAAUUGCCUGUGCAAGGAUGGUAAACUUCUUGAAGCUGAGAUAGUUCUCAGGGAUAUGGAAGGCAGAGGGAUUUUUCCUAAUGCUCAAAUAUAUAAUAUGCUCAUUGAUGGUAGCUGCACAGUGGGGAGGAUUGAAAAUGCUUUCAGGUUUCUUGAUGAGAUGGUGAAAAGUAGAAUGGGUCCAACACUUGUAACUUAUAAUAUCCUAAUUAAUGGCCUUUGCAAAAAGGGAAGGGUAAGGGAAGCUGAAGACUUGCUUCUCCACAUAAUUAAAAGUGGUCUUAGUCCGGAUGUGAUCACAUACAACUCACUGAUCUCGGGUUAUUCUAAUGCAGGAAAUGCUCAGAAAUGUCUGGAGCUAUAUAAAAAUAUGAAGAAGCUGGGCAUUGAGCCUACUCUAAAGACUUAUCAUCCCCUGAUUAGUGGAUGUAGCAAAGAGGGAAUUGUAGCUGUAGAGAAACUAUUUAGUGAAAUGUUGCAGGCUAAUUUGUCUCCUGAUCUACCUGUGUAUAAUACACUCAUUCACUGUUACGCACAGCAUCGAGAUCUUCAAAAGGCAUUAGCAUUGCAUAGUGAAAUGGUGGACCAAGGAAUUCAUCCAGACAAGGUGACUUAUGAUAGCUUGAUUUUUUGCUUCUUAACAGAGGGAAAAGUAUCUGAAGUAAAAGAUCUUGUCAAUGACAUGAAGGUCAAAGGAUUGAUCCCUAAAGCCGACACGUACAACAUGCUGAUUAAGGGAUACUGCGAACUUAAGGAUUUUGGUGGAGCAUACAUUUGGUACAGAGAGAUGUUUGAAAAUGGUUUCCUCCCCACUUUUGGUAUAUGCAAUGAACUUACCACUGGUCUUAAACAGGAUGGGAGGUUGGAAGAGGUCCGGAUUAUUUGCUCUGAAAUGAGUGCUAAAGGAAUGGAUGAUUUUAACACUACUAAGGAUCUUUCUGCUGCUGCCAAAAUGUAAAGAGAGACUUCGUGUGAAUAAGUACUCAUAAUCUAGAUGAAUUAAGCUCUCAAGGAAAGCUGGAAAUGCAGCUGCAUAAAGCACUGUGAUUACUUGGGAAUUCGUGAUGCUUAUGCCCAGCCUGGACCUGAUUUUCUCUGGGAUGACAAAUGUGUAAUACUACUGCUCUAAAUGUGGUUGGAGGACGGUGAAAAUAUCAAUUAACUGUCUGCUAUUCUUGGAGUCAGGAAGUCCAUAUUUUGAGGCAGUCUAAAGGUUUUAUUGGCAAAGGGUCCAGUAUUGACCAGAGAAAGAUAAAUUUGGUUGUUGCCAAACACCCUGUCAGUGGCCACCAUUUUUUGAUAGAUUGGAUGCGUUUGAUACCACGGCCGAAUAAAAUGCCUUAGUUGAGGAGAGGGAAUCCGCUAUUUGGCUGGCUUUUCUUUUCAAGGUUAACUCUUGACUGAUCAUUGGUAAUAAAAUCCUUGUAUUAUUAAGUAGGGCUGGUGUCAUUUCAAAGUAUUUCAAUUCUUUUGAACAAGAGAGGUUUGAUGCUUGUAACAUUGUAUAAAUUUCACUUCUUACUAGAGAAAUAAGCAGUUAUCUAUUUCUAGAAA